AUGCCCUCAUAUCUUGUGACAGGCGCCAAUCGUGGCCUGGGAUACGGCUUUGUGCAGUAUCUGGCCAAAGACCCAGCAAACACAGUCAUCGGCAUCGUGCGCGACAAAGCCACCGCGGACAAGUCUGUGGCUGCCGACGGCCUCAAGAAUGUCACCAUGGUCGAGGCCGAAAUCGCCAAUCACAAAUCCCUCGUGAAAGCAAGGGACGAGGUAGCCAACAUCACCGGCGGCUCGCUCGACUACCUGAUCAACAAUGCCGCGUUGAUUGAUCGGAAGACCGCGGGCAAGGCAUUGGACGAGUUCGACAACAAGACCGAGUUGUUGGAGGACGCACUCAUGGAGUCCUUCAGGGUCAAUGUGGUGGGCAUCAUCCACACCAUCAACGUGUUUCUGCCGCUGGUGAAGAAAGGCUCGGCCAAGAAAGUGGUGCUCAUUUCGAGUGGCAUGGCUGAUCCGGCGCUCAUCAAUUCCGGCAUCGCAGCCGGCGCGCCCUACACGAUUAGCAAGGCGGCAGCGAACACGGCCAUUUACAAGUACAAUGCCAAAUACAAGAAGGAGGGGAUCCUGUUCUUUGCGUUGUCCCCGGGCAUUGUUGCUACUUGGGGAGAGGGAGAAGAACCAGCCGUGGUGGACGACCUGAGAAAGGGCGCUCCUGGCUGGGGAGGGCCUAUGACGCCCAUGGAGGCGGCGACAGCUUGUUUCAAGGUGAUUCACUCUUUCAGUGCGGAAGAGAAUGGCGGCUCGUUUGUUUCUCACCAUGGGAAUCAACAAUGGCUAUGA